UGCGGAACUGAGCGUCCAGUACCAGGAAUGAGUCACCUGAGAGACUGAAGAGGGUGAGCCGAGUGGGCCUGUUGGAGACGGUGGCCAUUUUACAGUAGUUAUCAGUCCCUGUUCCCUUAAAGACAGUCACUCCUAUGAGAAACUAACACCCACCUGACCAGACAGACAAGUCGGGGUCAAACAGGUAAGGAAAGCUGUUGGUUUUUGAGAUUUUAUUUAUUGUCUUGAAAACAAAAAUGCUGUAUGUUAGUAAUGUGUUUCCCCUUUGAUAUACUGUGGCACUGCCAUGACAGUUGCUGUGUGUGAAGAGCUUGUGCAGCAGUUUGGUGUGAGUCACAGCUCAGUUUAAACUCCUCUGUUAUUAGUCAAAGUCGGAGUCGGAGCUGUACUGUAGCCAUGUUGUGGUCCCUCUCUGAGUUGUUCUGUAGCUGGGACAAUCUGACCUAUUUCAGAUGCUGUUCCAAACUCUGUGAGCAAAAUGUUUUUAGAGGAUCCAUCUAGGGGUUCUGCACUCUUUAGGUGUGUGUGCUGAAAAUCACACAGUGCACGCUUUACAUUGCGGUUAACCAGCUUACAAACAGUGCAGGCGUGUUUUAGAAAUUUUUACUUUUUUCUUCCAUUCCACGCAUCCAUCAGUUUCCCUUUAUUUCCAUUCAAUAUGAAAAUCUUUUAGCAGACUAUUAAGACUUGAAUCAAUCUGCACUUCAACUGCUUUACCAUGGAAGAUUGUCUAAAAAGUAAGGGGUCUUUGUUUCUAUAGUAACAGAUUUUUCGAGUAUACAACUUAAAGCUGCUAUAAAUAAUAGUGUUAGUCAAACAAUGGAUCAAAUGACUGCAUUUAUGUGAAAGGGCUCUCUCAUAGCAACAAUGCCAAAGUUUGCCUCAGCUCCACGCAGUGUUUUAGUGUCUUUGUUCUGGUUUUAUGGCCCACAACGUUAAUGUUUUGCUUCACUCUCACUGCAAUCUGCUCAGCCAGAACCCUCAGUAGUCACUGGAAACUAAAACAAAGAUUAAAAAAAAGAAAGGGAAUACUGGACUUUGAUAAGGUGGACACAAAUAAAACUCUAAUUAGAUCUGCUGGAUUGUAAAUAGGUAACUGUUUGCCAACUAGUUUGCCAUAUCAAUUUAAGAAGUGAUAAUAUGUCAGUGUUGUUUUUGCCAGCUUUUUUCUGCAGCACCCCGGGGGCCAAAAAAAAGUUACUGCCAGAUAAAAGUGUCCACUAAUUGUUUUUCAUAUCUUUCAGAAAUUAAAGGAAAUCUACCUGGAAUGAUUGGGAAACUAUAUUGAAAAUGGUCAUUACAAAUGUGCAAACUGCAAACACACAGAUAUGGCUCUUUAAGUUUAGAUUGCCAAAAAAAGGAGAUGAUUUCUAUAAUUUUUAUAUUUUAUAUUUUUUUAUUUUUAAUUUAGAGAAGAAAGUAAAAUCCAGAGAUUCAUGUCUCAGUUUGUUUUUGUACAACUGACAGGUUUAUGGAAGGUAAUAUACAGGUAAAGAUCUGAAUCUGACUCUUGCACAGUUAUUUUGAUUUUAAUCAAAUGAGAAACAUUACAAAACAUAUACAAAACUAAUGAUUUAUCUUUUCUCGCUGCACAGUUUCUCCCUCUCAAUGUCUCAUAAGGCUUCUGUGAUUACUUCUUUUUCAAUGAAUUACCAAAAUCAGCACACAGCAUGAAAAGCUGGAGCAGGAAAUUCAAGAGACGAGAGUCUGACAGUGUGGUCGGGUCUUCGUCUAGCAAGAGUGAUCCACCAGUGCCUGUGUGGGUUACUCACACACCCACGCCAGAUAAUAUCACGGAGGAUGAUGAAAACUCUACUGGCCGCACAUCCAGCACUCCACCGUAUGCAGAGAAUGAGGAUGAAGACAAGAAAGGGAGCAUUAAGGACAGACUGAAAUGCCUCAUCCCUCAAUCAUGGGGGGGCAUCAUCCCUAAAUGGAGAAGUGACAGUUUUAAUGACUCUGAACCUAGCACCAGUCGGAUCCAGAUCCUUCCCAAUGGGACCAGGGUGAGCCCUCCUGUAAGUCCCCUGCUGGAGCGUAAGAACCGGGAAGAGUCACUGGGCAACUCCAACCAGAACUCCCAUAAGCCUUAUUUAAGGGAGAGCCCCACUGAUGAGCUGUUUCUUCAAGGCCCAGGAGAGGAAUCUCUACUCACCAGCAUCCACCCCGCAGAGUACUACGCAGAGAAGCUUGAAGUUUAUAACCAGAAGUACUCCUAUUUGAAAUCCUGGCCAGGCCUGCUCAGACUUCUUGCUGGACUUCAGCUCCUGUUUGGGGGCAUGGUCUUUGCCUGUAUCAUCGCCUACAUCCAGAAAGACAGUGAGUGGUCCAACGUUUACGGACUCUAUAAUAGUAAUUAUAACAAUGGGUUUGGCAUGUCUGGAUACAGCUACAGAGGCCCUAUGACUCCCUUCAUUCUGGCUGUAGCUGGAGUCUCCUGGAUCAUUACCUUGUGUCUUUUGGUGAUGGGAAUGACUAUGUAUUAUCGCACCAUCCUCCUCGACUCGCCCUGGUGGCCUCUGGCGGAGGCCUUCAUUAACGUGGCGCUGUUCCUGCUCUACAUGGCAGCAGGGGUCGUAUACCUGAAUGACUUGAACCGCGGGGGGCUGUGCUACAUAACAAUAGGUGUUAACCCCAUCAUGGCCAAUCUGUGUCGGGUUGAUGGGGGCCAGAUGGCGGGAACAGCUUUCAUCUUCAUCAACAUGACAAUGUAUCUGGGAAGCUUCCUGGUAUGUCUGAAGAUGUGGAGGCAUGAGGCUGCACGUAGGGAGAGGGAGUACUUUGAGAACAAGCCCCAGGAGGAGUUUCACCAGUCCAUCCCACUAAACCCCCCCAAAACAAAACGCAUCUCCUUCAGGGAUGAAAUGGAUAAGUCUCUGAGUAAAGAUUAUACCUGGAACUAUAAGAACCCAGUCAGUCUGAACAGACACACAGCAUCCGAAUACACCCCCAAAACACACAUCAUUGCAGACUACAUCAUGAAGUAUCCAGAGAUCACCUGUGUGGAAGAGCGGGAAAAGUACAAAGCUGUUUUCAAUGACCAGUAUCAGGAAUACAAAGACCUUCACCGAGACAUCAGCACCACCCUCAAUAAGUUCAGAGAGCUGGAUGCCAGGAUGGCACGACUCCUCAGAGAUGGAAAAAGCCAGGAGGAUCAACAGAGGAUUCAAAGCAUUUUGACAGAGUAUCAGCAGAAAAAAAGUGACCCUGCCUUCCUGGAUAAAAAGGAACGUUGUGACUAUUUGAAAGCCAAAUUAAGCCACAUCAAAAACAGAAUCCGCACUUUUGACCAAGAGACCAUGGGAAAUGGUCAGACACGAAGAAGACCAGAUGGAAACAUCUGCAGCAGCUGAUAAGCAGUCAGAACAAAUCAGCUUUUGCCAUAUGUUCAUUGUUGAUGUCAGUGUACAAUUUAAAUUUUAAAA